GGAUCCGAGUCUCCUCCCAGCCUCGCGGCUCUCCACGGGUGGCCGGGGCAGCCUCAGCUAGAACCUUCCUCCACCGGCCAUCCCUCCUCACCACCGGAUCCCGGCCCAGCCUGCCGCGGGGGGUCACUCCCGGGCUUUCCCCGGGUCUAAGGGAAGGACACACACUUUCUCCAGAAUUUGGAAACAGCGGCUUGGUGUUUCGUCCGGGUGUUCUGCUGACCUGGAGGUGGUUUUGGGUGGUGCCUCCCCGGGUCUCCCCUUUCCUGUCUGGGCCUCGGGACUCCUGAAGCUCCUCCCCCUGCCCAGCCAGGAGGGCGCCGCAGCCCCUCUGACAACUUACUGCUGCUCUUGCGGCCGAGACUCUUGCUUGUGUCUGUCCUUAGAAAUCUAGCGUCACACCUUCCCCACGCUCAGGGCACCUCUUGGAGCUGGCCGCAGUCCCCGUCGCCUCUCCCUGUGGGCAACCGGCCCUGGGGCCCUGGGUUCAGGCGCCUCUUUCUGGCGGAGAUGCAACCAUCCUUCUCCAGUUUGCGGUCCUGGUGGCCACGGGGGACCGGGGCCUCUGCGGUGUCCUCACCAGCGUCCGCCACAUUAAUUUCAGCCCUGGCCUGGGAGCGCUGCCACAGGCCGGGGUGGGCCCGGGAGCGUGAGCGCCUUCGUGAGCGCCUUCCUGCAGCCGCGGUCAUGAUCACAGGGUGGGGUCACGCCUGGGCGUCAGGCUCCGUGGCCAUCCCUGACCGUAUCAUCAGUUCUGAGUGCCAGACCGGUUUCCCUGGGUGGCUGCAAAUGGGACGGUGCAAGUGACGUGGUUCUUGGAGCUCUAAAAUCAACAUGGUGAUGUCUACGUCCGUCAGGGCCAGUGACCUUCCCCUCAGCAGAGGCCUUGCUGAUUCUCCUUGGAGACACACUUGGGGGAGAUUAAACUGGAGAACGUAGAAGACACUUCACUCCCGCGAGCGCAGCACGCGUGAUCUCCACCUGCCUGCGUCGUCCUCUCCGAACAGACUUACCUCGGUGGUUCUCCUGCGACAGUGAAGUCUCUCCUCCAGCCUCAGGGCUGACGGGGAACCCGUCUCACAGAGGACUGUGUACCCAGGCCACCCUCACUCUGCUGUGCUCGGCUUCUGGGCACUUUUUGCAGUGACAGCGAGAGGGUUGGAAUUCGUGUCCCUGGGAAGUUACACACCUUCGUGGUCAAGCUCAUGAGAUGGAUUUGGACCAACUGGACCUGAACCCCAGAAUCAUCGCUGCGGUCAAGAAAGCCAAAUUGAAGUCGGCGAAGGAGGUUUUGCAUUAUUCCGGACCAGACUUGCAGAGACUGACCCGCCUGUCCAGCCUCGACGUGCAGCAGCUGCUGAGAACGGCCUCCUCAUGCCUGCGCGGCUGCGGCGUCUUCACAGCGCUGCAUCUGUACCGGCAGAACCAGAGCUGCCCCGCGCGGUCCCAGCGCCUGAGCCUGGGCUGCCCCGUGCUCGACGGGCUUCUCCGCGGCGGCCUCCCCUCCGACGGCCUCACCGAGCUGGCCGGCCCCAGCUCCGCCGGGAAGACCCAGCUGGCCCUGCAGCUCUGCCUGACCGUGCAGUUCCCGCGGCGGCACGGGGGCCUGGAGUCUGGGGCCGUGUACAUCUGCACGGAAGACGUCUUCCCCGACCCGCGUCUGCAGCAGCUCAUCGCUCAGCAGCGGCGCCUGCGGACUGACGUCCCAGGAGACGUGGUCGACAGGAUGAAAUUUGGCGACCAUAUCUUCAUCGAGCACGUGGCCGACGUGGAUGCCCUGCUGGAGUGCGUGAGGAAGAAGGUGCCUGUGCUGCUGUCUCGGGGGAUGGCCCGUUUGGUGGUCAUCGACUCCGUGGCAGCCCCGUUCCGCUGUGAGUUUGACGGCGCAGCCUCGGUCCCCAGGGCCCGGCGUCUGCAGGCGCUGGGCGGUGCCCUGCGCUGGCUGAGCUGCACCUUCCGGAGCCCGGUGCUCUGCGUCAACCAGGUGGGUGCCCGGCCAGCACCCCGGACCACAGACAGCCUCAGCCGAUGGUUUAGGGGCGAUGCGGGGUGGGGGGAAGCAGUGGGGUCUUUGCAGCAGUUAACCCCAGUCUGCACGUUCCAGGUGACAGAAGCCACAGAGGAGCAGGGCGCGGCACCCGGGCCACAGAGCCCCUGGGACGAGCGCGUCUCCCCGGCUCUCGGAAUGACCUGGUCCCACCAGCUCCUGAUGAGGCUGAUGGCGAGCCGACAUCGCCUGGAGGAUGGGGGGCGCGCCGCACCUGGCCGCCCGGACCGCACCCUGAGGGUGAUCUUCGCCCCCCACCUGCCCCCCUCAUCCUGCUCCUACACAGUCAACGCAGAGGGAGUGCGAGGGACUCCGGGGACCGAGUCCUGCUGACACAGCGCCCAUGGAGUGCAUGGCCAGAUCAGUGGCGGAUGCUGGCCAAGCCCUCCCCGCUGUGCAGGCACAAGGGCCUGACGGAGACUCGGGUCUGGGUGGGCGACCACCACCACGGCAGGGAGGCAGUGCACACAGAGCCACCGGCGAGGCCUCCCCACGGUGGACCCUGGACCCCUUUGCUGUGCACAGCUCACUCUCUGCCAGGCUCUGGCCUAGGUAGUAAGUCCUCCCCACAGCUGCAGGUCCUCUCCACCGCCCCUGGGGUGGUCUCGGGGCCACUGAGGCACAGAACAGUCAAGUGACUUGGCCAUCAUCCCGCCCGGGCUAGUGCCGGGAAGACAGGCACGUGCCUGACCCAGUACUGGAGGUGGAGGCAGAGGUCCCUGGAACUGGGCAGACUCCUUCUGUUUGGACGUUUUCUAGAGCAGAAACAUUCAUUUGUAAUUUUUUUUUUUUUAAAGAUUUUAUUUAUUUAUUUGUCAGAGAGAGAGAGAGGGAGAGAGAGCGAGCACAGGCAGACAGAAUG